AUGAAGUUCGCCUCUGUCCUGAGUGUACUCGGGGCCCUAACGGCUGUUUCCGCUGUCCAAGUGAAUCCACUUCCGGCUCCCCGUAACAUUACUUGGGGAUCGUCCGGUCCAAUUCAGGUCAACCACUUGCAUUUGAACGGUACUCACUCUUUUAUCGUCACUCAAGCUUGGGAGCGAGCAUGGACAACCAUCACUACCCUGCAAUGGGUUCCUGCUGCCGUUGAAGCCCCUAUCGUCUCCUAUCCAGCCUUCCCUACCGCGACCCCUAUCUCCACUCAUGCCAAACGCGCGCCCUCGGCAGCCCACAACGUCAAUGUCCAUGUAGUGGAUACCGAUGUCGAUCUUCAACAUGGCGUGGAUGAAUCCUAUACACUGGUGGUGGCCAAUGGCGGAAUUCAGAUCAAUGCUCAGACGGCCUGGGGUGUAUUGCACGCCUUCACCACCCUGCAGCAGAUUAUCAUCUCGGAUGGCAAGGGCGGCUUGAUCAUUGAACAGCCCGUCAAGAUCAAAGAUGCCCCGUUGUACCCCCACCGUGGUAUCAUGAUGGACACCGGCCGCAACUUCAUCACCGUUCGCAAGAUCUUCGAACAGAUCGAUGGUAUGGCUCUGUCCAAGCUGAAUGUUCUCCACUGGCAUUUGGACGAUGCCCAGUCGUGGCCCAUGCAGAUGAGCUCCUACCCCGAGAUGACCAAAGAUGCUUACUCGCCUCGCGAAAUCUACACGGAGGAAGACAUGCGUCGCGUGGUUACCUACGCCAGGGAGCGAGGUGUUCGCGUCAUCCCCGAGGUCGACAUGCCCGGCCACUCUGCCUCGGGCUGGCAACAGGUUGACCCGGAGAUCGUGGCUUGUGCCAAUUCUUGGUGGUCGAACGACGUGUGGGCGGAACACACCGCGGUUCAGCCGAACCCCGGCCAGCUUGAUAUUAUCUAUCCCAAGACCUACGAAGUAGUCAAGAAUGUCUACGAAGAAUUGUCUCGUAUCUUCGGAGACAACUUCUUCCACGUUGGUGGUGACGAGAUCCAGAUCAACUGCUAUAACUUUAGCAGUCACGUCACCAAGUGGUUUGCCGAGGAUCCCUCGCGCACCUAUAAUGACCUUAGUCAGUACUGGGUUGACCACUCCUUGCCUAUCUUCCGAGGUGUCGGCGACCACCGCCGUCUCAUGAUGUGGGAAGACAUUGCCAUCGCAACUGAGAGCGCUCACGAUGUUCCCAAAGACAUCGUCAUGCAGAGCUGGAAUGCUGGUGAUGGUAAUAUCAAGAAGCUCACCUCGGCCGGCUACGACGUCGUCGUUUCCACCUCCGAUUUCCUCUACCUCGACUGCGGCCACGGUGGUGCCAUCACCAAUGACCCCCGCUACAACGAGCAGAGCAACACUGCCGGCGGCGUGACCUUCAACUACGGUGGCGGCGGCGGCGACUGGUGCGCACCCUACAAGACCUGGCAGCGAAUCUACAACUACGACUUCCUGACCAAUCUCACUGCCUCCGAGGCGAAACACGUUAUCGGCGCUGAGGCUCCUUUGUGGUCGGAGCAGACUGACGAUGUGACCAUCUCCAGCGCGUUCUGGCCUCGUGCUGCUGCGCUGGGUGAGCUUGUCUGGUCUGGUAACCGUGAUGCUGCGGGCAGAAAGCGUACCAACCACAUGACUCAACGCCUGCUUAACUUCCGUGAAUACCUCGUUGCUAAUGGUGUUAUGGCUACUGUUCUUGUGCCCAAAUAUUGUCUGCAGCACCCUCAUGCUUGCGAUUACUAUAAAAACCAGACUAUUAUAUCUUGA